GUAGGCAGUAACGCUCCGUUCAUUCUUCCUUUCAUAAAUCCCCUACAACACGCAUCAUGUCCUCCUACUUCACGCUGCCAUCCUUUGCUAGGGCGAAGAAGAACCAGGAAGAACUCAAAAAGACGAAUCCUACUCAGCCGGUGCUCAACGAUGAAGACGAGAAGUUCCUGGAACGUCACCUAUCCCAGGAUGAAGGACCGAAACCAGAUCUCCCUCCUCGGCCUGCCGAUGUCGCGAAAGUCACAGACGAAGGCGAAGUCAAGGAUGCGUCGUCCGCAGAAGCCAAGGCAGCAAAGGGGAACGUAGUUGUACCCGAAACCCAGCCUAAGUCAACCGAUGCGUCGAAAGAGAAGUCGAACCGAAAGAGCUUCGAACUACCCAGUCAAGAGGAGGCAGAAGAAGCAACGCGAGGCUGGAACUCGGCAGUGAAGCUCGACGACGAGAAGGGCACAGUCAGCACACAAGAGAAAAAGACAUGGGCAUCGUAUCUCCCUGCCAAACUUCAACCUGCGAAGAAAGAAGACGCCCGGAGCAGUGCGAAACCAGCCGAGCAAGAGACAAAGACAGAAGACAGCAACCAGCGAACAUGGGGCGAAUAUGCAUCGAAUCUUGUGCUCUCGAACUCCCUCCCAAGUUGGCCUGAAUCAUGGACAUGGCAUUCCAAAGACAAGGAUGCGAAGCCCGAACCAGUCUACAACGAAGAUGGUACUAUCAACGAGGAGAAGACAAAAGAGAAACAAGAAAAGGAAGUAUCCGUCCUGCUCGACAAUCUGAACAUGUCCGCAAUCAAUAACCGUGUUUUCGCAUUCAACCAAGAAACCCAGAAGAUCUACGAUCGCUUCGCCCAGGUCCUCAAAGAUACCAUCAACGGCGUACCUACAGCAUACGAUGACAUGGACAAGCUGAUGCGAGAUGCUGGUCCUACUCUCGAGAAGCAAUUCAAGACCAUGCCACCUUUCGUACAAACACUCGUGAAGAGCCUGCCUGCCAAGAUCGGCACCUCACUUGCGCCGGAGAUCAUGGCAGCUGCGAGUGAAAAGCCUGGCGCGGACUUGAAAACUAAGCAAGCGGCUGAAGGCUCAUCGACGCCCACUUCGAGUAAACCACAAGAGAAAAAGAAACGCACAAUACCUGGACUGAAGAAACUCAUGAGCAAAGAAGGUGUCGUGGCGACAAUGCUUCGAAACACUGUCAACUUCCUCACCACGCGUUUCCCAUUCCUAGCAUCAACGACGAACGUCGUCCUCUCACUCGCAGUAUUCAUCCUCAUGUUCGUAUUCUGGUACUGCCACAAACGCGGCAAAGAAGUCCGCUUGGCAAACGAACCGGCCAGCAGCAGCCAGAUCCUCGAACAAGACGGCGAAGGUGAUAUCGAAGUCUCUGAGUCUUCGGACAGCGAAGAGGACGAGAAAGCUGCUGCUGCGGCGGCCGAGGCCAAGAUUGAAAAGACACUCAAUCAGCCUGAUCCCGCACAAGUACCGUUACCAAGAACAGAAUCCGAUAUGGGAAGUGAGAAGAGAAAAGAUUGAGAUGGACGCCGGCAUUGCGACAACACUCGACGAAGACGCACUCACCUUAUGGCCAUUGGAGACGAACAGCGUGUGAGGAGGGCGCGACUAUACAUGAUUCCUGAGCAGGUCCAGACUGAAUGGUUAAAGACAAGGAACGGGCACAACAGCACAAUGAAAUGAAACCGGUCACGUCACGUAUUAAUGGCAAAACAGCAGCCUAGAUACCCAGAAUGAAUUUCCA